UUCGUUUUGUUUUGUUUUGUUUUUGUGUGUGUUUUUACGCUAUUUUCUUCACAGUGUUACGACAUCAAAAAUCUUAAUAAGCGGCAUACCGCUGCAAACACGUUUCGAAGACAUCGAACCACUACUGAAGCCCUAUGGCAUCGUCAAACAGUGUGAGGCUAUUUCUAGUAAGGAUCAAAAUACUCAAACAGUACAUAUAACAUUCGAAAAUCCUGAGCAGGCGCAAAGAGCUGCUGGUGGCCUGAACGGCGUCGAAUUCGAGGGCAGUAAACUGCACGCCGAGCAAUUGGACAAAAAUCAACGCCGAAGCAUACGCAAUCAGCGCAAUCCGUAUCCAGGAAUGCCGGGACCCGGCCGCCAGGCGGACUUUCCGCUACGCAUUCUGGUGCAGAGCGAGAUGGUGGGCGCCAUCAUUGGCAGACAGGGCACAACCAUACGCUCCAUCACACAACAGAGUCGGGCCCGUGUCGAUGUCCAUCGCAAGGAGAAUGUUGGCUCCCUCGAAAAGUCCAUUACGAUUUAUGGCAAUCCGGAAAACUGUACCAAUGCGUGCAAGCGCAUACUGGAGGUUAUGCAGCAAGAGGCACUGUCCACGAAUAAGGGUGAGAUCUGCUUGAAGAUACUCGCCCAUAAUAAUUUAAUUGGUCGCAUCAUUGGAAAGAGCGGCAAUACGAUUAAACGCAUUAUGCAGGAUACGGAUACGAAGAUAACCGUUAGCUCGAUCAACGACAUCAACAGCUUCAAUCUGGAGCGUAUCAUCACGGUGAAGGGCCUCAUCGAGAACAUGUCCCGUGCCGAGAACCAAAUCAGCACCAAACUGCGCCAAAGCUAUGAGAACGAUUUGCAGGCAAUGGCGCCUCAGAGCCUCAUGUUCCCCGGUCUCCAUCCCAUGGCAAUGAUGUCGACACCGGGCAACGGCAUGGUCUUCAACACAAGCAUGCCGUUCCCCUCGUGUCAAAGCUUUGCCAUGUCCAAGACACCGGCCAGCGUGGUGCCACCGGCCUUCCCCAACGAUAUGCAGGAGACCACGUUUCUCUAUAUACCAAACAAUGCUGUUGGGGCCAUCAUUGGCACCAAGGGCUCGCACAUACGCAGCAUAAUGCGCUUCUCGAGCGCAUCCCUCAAAAUUGCGCCCCUCGACGCCGACAAGCCGCUGGACCAACAAACGGAGCGCAAGGUCACGAUUGUUGGCACACCGGAGGGUCAGUGGAAGGCGCAGUACAUGAUAUUUGAGAAGAUGCGCGAGGAGGGCUUCAUGUGCGGCACGGACGAUGUGCGCCUAACCGUUGAGCUGCUUGUCGCCAGCUCCCAGGUCGGACGCAUCAUUGGCAAGGGCGGACAGAACGUGCGUGAGUUGCAACGUGUGACGGGUAGCGUCAUUAAGCUGCCAGAGCAUGCGCUGGCGCCACCCUCAGGCGGCGAUGAAGAGACACCUGUGCACAUCAUUGGGCCAUUCUACAGCGUUCAGUCUGCACAGCGACGAAUUCGUGCCAUGAUGCUAUCGACAAAUCCGCCACCAGUGACCAAAAAACAGAAGGCUGCCAAAGAACAACAAUUGCAACAACAACAACAGCAACAGCAACAACAACAGACAUUAGCCGGCGCUGCGCCAAGUGGGACUCAACAGCAGCAGCCGCAGCAGCAAAAACAACAGCAGUCGCAGCAGCAGCAGCAGUCGCCGUCGCAGCAGCAGCAGCCGCUGCCGCCGCAAUCACAUCAUCAAUCGUCGUCGGCGUCGUCGGCGCCACCUGCGCAUCAUCAGCAGCAGCAGGCGUCGUCGACAGCGUCCUCACAUCAAUUGCAGCAGCAGCAGCCGUCGCCGCCGCCCGGCAACAAUGCAUCCGCUGCCACCCAACAACAACAACAACAACAGCAGCAGCAGCAGCAACAACAGCAGCAGCAGCUGGCGAGUUCACAGCAGUAAGCAGAAGCUGCAGCAGCCGUGUGUGGGACUGGGGCAGGGGCGGAGGCAGUGCAGAACAGGCGGGCAAAGCUCAACUUGAACAACAACAACA